AUGGUGAAUGUCACACCUGUUAUUGAAAAUGCAAAAGAAAAACAGAAUAAGCUUCCUGCUGGUUGGAGAAUAGAUGUUGCCAGCAAUGGAGAAACUGUCUUUAUACAUUCCAGUUCUGAAGAUAAGUGGAGACAAAAUGUGGAUAACAAUGGCCGUCGAUACUAUUACAAGGAGGGUUCUGAAGAGUCAUGUUGGGACCUCCCUGAGUUGGAGAAAAUUGUAGAACCAAGAAGACGAAGCAAUAUGGCCAAAUCUACCAUCUUGCAAGGCUCCAAAAGGCCAACAUUUGAUUUUCGAAGAUCAGUGAACCAUGUUUCUUUGAAGUCCUCAUUGAGUAGCGAGUUGGAUGAUGUCAGUGAUUUGGAACCGGACAGAUCAGGAAAUGCCAUGGUCAAAUCUAUGACUUUACAACCACAGAGCAGUUCCAAACCAUUUCCACAAAGAUCAAAGACAUUACCUCAGAUGUCUUCAAUAGGCACAGAGAAACCUGGAAGUUUUACACCAGAAAGACAUCAAUCACCAACUCCUUCAAUUUUAAGUGCUGUUAAGGAUAAAGCAGCAUUUUUGAACAAAACAAAAGUGAUGGAAAAUGGCAAAAAAGUCAGUAAAAAAUGGAGUCAGUCCUAUGUGAAGUUGUUUGGCUCUAAUAUAGCGUUCUACCGAGACCAGCGAGCGGCUGCCCAAGUGUCAGGAUCAAAGAAUGGUAACCCAGAAAUGAUCUUCAACCUCCAGAAUGCUAAAUGUGAGAUUGCACCAAAAGAUUGGUCAAGCAAGAAAAAUGUAUUUAUGCUGACUGACAACCAAGGGACACAACUGCUGCUCCAAUCUGAAGAUCAAAUGAAAAUCAAAGAUUGGCUUCAGGCAAUCAAGUUGAUUAUCUCUGAACUUAAUACUAGCAAGGAUACUUCACCUCAGCAAGCCUCACCACAUCAACAACCUUAUUCUCCGACAUCUCCACAGCCUUAUCAAACAGAAACAGCCCCAAGAAGUCCAACUCGAACCACUAUGAAAGAAAAAUCUCUCUCCCCAGGAAAAGUUUUCAAAAGUAAAUCUUCUGUAAAACGACCGAAAGGGAAAGACGAAGAGGAGAAGAAAAGCAUAAGAACAAUACUAACCACUUUGUUAAAACGAAGACCAGAUAUAGAGACAUUGGUGGCCAAAGGUAUCAUUGAAGGCACGGUAUUUGGGUCAAAGCUGACCGAUUUAUGCAAAAAAGAGAAAACACUGGUGCCAAAAUUUGUCAAAGACUGUAUUACCAGUAUUGAACGCCGAGGACUUGAUCAGGAUGGUCUCUACAGAGUCAGUGGAAAUAUUGCAGAAAUUCAAAAGUUAAGAAUCAAUAUUGACAACAUGAGUACCAAUUCACAUUACAAUUUGGAUGAUGAAUGUUGGGACAUUCAUACACUGACAGGGACCCUCAAGUUGUUCUUCAGAGAAUUAAAGGAACCAUUGUUUCCCUUCAAUAAAUUUGAAAAAUUUAUGGAAGUUGCUAAAUGCGAGUUUAGGAUGAAAUCAGAUGAGCGUUUGAGGAAUUACAAAGAACUGAUCUAUUCAUUUCCAAAAUGCCAUCGAGAAACACUCAAAGAUCUCCUGCAGCAUCUCAGAAAGGUGAUAUCCCACUCUCAACAAAAUCGAAUGCAAGCACAAAACAUUGCCAUUGUGUUUGGUCCAACUCUUAUGUGGCCAGAAAUUGAAGCGCCUAAUCUUGCCAUUACGAUGGCUUACCAGAAUCGAAUUGUUGAAUUUCUUUUGUUGGAAUACGAAAAUAUUUUCUGA